AUAGUCCACAGGUAAAGCCCUUCCCUUCUACUAAACGUUUCACACUAGAAAUAGUGCUUGUUCAGCAAGUAUAUAAAGGCUGUGAUGUCAAACGAUAGUCACAACAGUCGUUGACUUGUCUCAAUUCCACUAACACAACACUUCUCAUCAUGAAGAUCGUUUUGCUGUCCGCUUUCUUGGCCGUUGCAGUUGCUCAAAUUUCAUAUGAUCCAGAGCCGGCCUACAAGGCAUACGAAUACCCCCCACAGCCAUACAGCUUUGCGUGGGAAGUCAACGACCCUCCUUCCUACAACAACUAUGCCCAUUCCGAAAACAGUGACGGCAAUGUAGUCACCGGAUCUUAUCGUGUCGCUCUCCCCGAUGGUCGCACUCAGAUUGUCAAUUACAAAGCUGACAAGAAUGGUUAUGUAGCCGACGUUAAGUACGAAGGCGAAGCCAAAUAUUCUGAAUACAAACCGGCAGAAUCUUAUACGUCCCCGGCCUAUAAGGCACCUGCCCCAGCCUACCAAACUCCGGCCUACAAAGCUCCAGCCCCUCCGGCCUACAAAGCUCCGGCGGCUCCGGAAUACAAAGCUCCAGCUCCUCCAGCAUACAAAGCUCCAUCUCCUCCAGCAUACAAAGCUCCGGCCCCUCCAGCAUACAAAGCUCCGGCCCCUCCAGCAUACAAAGCUCCGGCUGCUCCAGCAUACAAGGCUCCGGCUGCUCCAGUGUACAAGGUCUCGGCUGCUCCGGCCUACGAAGCUCCGGCCGCUCCAGAAUACAAAGCUCCGGCCCCACCAGCGUACAAAGCUCCGGCGUACAAGGCUCCGACUUACGAAGUUUCUGCCGCUCCGGCAUAUAAAGCACCUGCCCCUCCAGCAUACAAGGCUCCGGCUGCUCCAGUAUAUGAAACUCCAGCCGCUCCGGCAUACAAAGCUCCUUCAACGGUGUAUUACAAGACUCCGGAAGCUCCUGUUUACAAGGUUCCAGCUACUCCGACCUAUGAAGCUCCUGCUCCACCGGCUUAUAAAAUUCCUGCUGCCCCCUCUUACAAAGCCCCUACACCAGUCUACAGUCGUAACUGAACAUCUAAUAGCAAUAACUUAGUGCUCAAUUUUUUAUGUACAGUCAAAGGGAGAAACUAAAUUUUGUGCGAAAAAAACAAACGCUGAUUGCGAUGGAUGAUUUGUAACACACAUGUGCCCAAAUAGUAUAAAAACAAUGAAACUUGUAUGUCCGUUGACUAAUUAAACAAAAAUAUCAUGAAA